AUGUUUUAUGAAUCUGUGCCAGAUUUCCCUAUGGAUUCUAAUAACGGCAACUGCAGAGGUGCCAGCAUCGAGCGCUGCAAGUGCAAGCCUAUAAAAGCUACCCAGAAGACCUAUCUGCGCAACAACUAUAACUAUGUCAUUCGAGCUAAAGUGAAGGAGGUGAAGACUAAAUGUCACGACGUCACUGCGGUAGUGGAAGUAAAGGAGAUCCUAAAAUCUUCCCUGGUGAACAUCCCAAAGGACACUGUAAACCUUCACACGAACUCCGGCUGCCUGUGCCCACCACUCAACGCCAACGAAGAGUACAUCAUUAUGGGCUACGAAGACGAGGAGCGCUCCAGGUUACUCUUGGUGGAAGGCUCCAUAGCCGAGAAAUGGAAGGAUCGUCUUGGUAAAAAAGUAAAGCGCUGGGACCAGAAACUCCGCCACCUCGGGAAGGGGAAGGGAGAGCCCGGACACAGUGACUCGGCUCCAAAGCCCGGCAAACCCAGCAGUGCCCGACAAGCACGUAGUUAG